AUGAGGCGUGACCUUAUACCUGAGUAUAUAUACGAUCAACAAGUUGUUUUAUUCACAGUGGAACAUAAGAUUUUGACCAUCACAAUGAAACUGCUUCUCAUAAUCCUGGCUGUAGCGUACGUCAAUGCUGACGUUUCCCAUAUAUUAGCAAAGAGCAAUGAAGCUGACGCUAAGAUUUUGAAGCAGGAAUUGGAUGUUGGAGUAGAAGGACAAUAUUUAUGGUCGUAUGAGACGGAAAACGGCAUUGCCGCCAGAGAACAGGGCGCGUUGAAGAAUGUACCCGGGGCGGAUGUACCAGCUCAAGUGGCGCAAGGAGAAGCUAGUUGGACCGCUCCCAACGGAGAGAAAAUACAAUUCCAGUAUACGGCAGACGAGAAUGGAUACCAGGCACAGGGUCCGUACAUCCCCACUCCACCCCCCAUUCCCGUGGGAAUACUCCGUGGUUUGGAGUUCAUCAAGAACAACCCACCAGCCAAGGAAAACUAA